AUUCCAUCUCCUUAACUACCCCCCGCCCGCGUGGUUGCUAAGGCAACAGAGUCCUUGGAGAGUCAGAAAGGCGGCGGUGGCGUGGAUUGGGCCUGGUGGGCAAGAUGAUGCUUUCGAGGCUCAAACCCGCCGUCGGGGGCGGCCCGCAGCUUGCAGACAAGCGCAAAAAGAAAGGCAAGCGGAUCCCGCAGCUGGAGGAGCUGCUGACCCAGCGCGAUUUCACUGGUGCGAUUGCCCUGCUGGAGUUUAAACGUCAUGUUGGGGAACAAGAGGAAGAUGGAGAUCUCUGGAUUGGAUAUUGUGCUUUCCAUUUGGGUGACUACAAGAGAGCAUUGGAGGAGUAUGAGGCUUUGACCAAACAACCUAACUGCAACCCUGACGUUUGGGUGAAUCUAGCAUGCACUUACUUUUUCCUGGGGAUGUAUACACAAGCCGAUCAGGCAGCCUUGAAAGCUCCCAAAAGUAGACUUCAGAAUCGUCUGUUGUUCCAUUUAGCCCACAAGUUCGGUGAUGAGAAGAAACUGAUGAGCUUCCACCAGAAUCUGCAGGACAUAACAGAAGAUCAGCUUAGCCUAGCAUCUAUCCACUAUAUGCGAUCUCACUACCAAGAGGCCAUUGAUAUCUACAAACGCAUACUUCUCGAUAACCGGGAAUAUCUGGCUCUCAAUGUCUAUGUGGCCUUGUGCUACUACAAGCUGGAUUACCAUGAUGUCUCCCAAGAGGUGCUAGCUGUCUACCUUCAGCAAGUUCCUGAUAGCACCAUUGCUCUUAACUUAAAGGCCUGUAAUCAUUUUCGACUCUAUAAUGGGAAGGCUGCUGAGGCAGAGCUCAAGAGUCUGAUGGACAGUGCCUCAAUAUCAUUUGAGUUUGCUAAAGAACUCAUUAAACACAAUCUGGUGGUUUUCCGAGGAGGGGAAGGGGCUCUUCAAGUACUACCUUCCCUGAUUGACGUUAUUCCUGAAGUCAGAUUGAAUUUAGUUAUUUACUAUCUCCGACAAGAUGAUGCACAGGAGGCUUACAACCUCAUCAAAGACCUGGAACCUACAACUCCUCAGGAAUAUAUCCUCAAGGGAGUAGUGAAUGCAGUUCUUGGACAGGAAAUGGGUUCAAGAGAUCAUUUAAAAAUUGCUCAGCAAUUCUUCCAGCUGGUGGGAGGCUCAGCCAGUGAAUGUGAUACAAUCCCUGGGAGACAGUGCAUGGCAUCCUGUUUUUUUUUGCUCAGACAGUUUGAUGAUGUCCUAAUUUAUCUCACUUCAGUGAAGAGUUACUUCUACAAUGAUGACACUUUUAACUUUAAUUAUGCCCAAGCCAAAGCUGCAACUGGCAACACCAAUGAGGCUGAAGAGGUGUUCCUUCUGAUUCAAAGUGAGAAAAUAAAGAAUGAUUUUGUAUACAUCAGCUGGCUGGCUCGCUGUUACAUUAUGAAUAAGAAGCCACGACAAGCUUGGGAGCUGUACCAGAAGAUGGAAACUUCAGGAGAGUCUUUUAGUCUUUUACAGCUUAUUGCAAAUGACUGCUAUAAAAUGGGACAGUUUUACUACUCUGCCAAAGCCUUUGAUGUCCUGGAAAGACUGGAUCCUAAUCCUGAAUACUGGGAAGGCAAAAGGGGAGCAUGUGUAGGCAUCUUCCAAAUGAUCUUAGCUUGCAGAGAACCCAAAGAUACACUAAGGGAAGUGCUGCACCUCCUGAGAAGUACAGGUAAUCCACAAGUAGAGUACAUUGUCCGGAUCAUGAAAAAGUGGGCCAAGGAAAACAGAGUCCCCAUCUAAACUAGCAUUACCCAAGAGGAUGGAAUCCGCUACCAUCUCCUACCAGAAUGUGAAAAUGGCUGUAUUUUAUACCUGGCUGGAAUACUGAAGAGUUUUUCACCCUAAUGCCAGUACUGUAGAAUAUAAUAAUACAAAAUCUUAAGAACAGAUCUAUAUUUUUAUAUUAAUUAAAACUGUCUGAAUGUCAUGCAGUAUGGGCAGUGUCUUUUUAUUACUUCUGUUAUAUAGCAUUUCCUGGGUUUUAUUUUCUUUUAUACUGCAAUUACCAGCAUUUAGCUAUUAAUUUGGUCUUUAGUUGUCAGGUUUUCCAAUGUCCUGCAUUUCUACAAUUCCUCUAGGGAUGAAGCACUUUGAGAACUGGUUUAUUCAAGUUGUACAGAUGCUUACUAGACUCUUUGGUAUCGCUUACCAUAGUAGAUAUGAUGUGAACUCAAAGAAUAUAUUCAGCAUGUCACAGUAAAACUCUUGGCUGUUAGGAAACAUAGGUUUCUAAAUUAUCUCCCCCCCCCCCAAAAAAACCCCACCCCACUGGAAAUGGUACAAAGAGUAUUUCUUCUUAUGUGACUUUAGUAUCUCAGGCACAGACUACGAUGGAAGUAAACUUAUGCAGCAAAUAGCCCACAUUUGGAUGCAUUUGUUUCUCUAACAAGAUUUAGCCUUCUGUCCAGGCAUUAAGGCUGUAAUCCAAAAUGCACAAAGUUGGAAGGAAGUCCCAUAGAUGUUAAUGGAACUUACUUCUCAGUAAACAUUUGUUGGAGCGGGCAGCAAGUGGCUGCUGGGUUAUGUUCACUACAGUUACUAUACUUGGUUGAACAGAGUCUUCUGUACUGCUUUACUUUGUCCUUAGAAGUUAUGUUGUGUAGCAUAAUAAGCAUCUUAAGUACUUGUCAAUAGCUUGAGGAACUAGGGAGUUUACUUCAGAGACUAGAUCACUAAACUCCUAAAGGAUGUGAAGAAGCCAAAAGAAACUCCACCGAAACACACUGUAAAACAUGCUGUAAGCAUUUACAAUCUGUAUGCUUUGAAACUGGUAGUGCUUGUAACUUGUACCAAGUUUUCAUGCUGGGAUGGCGUAAAAACCCAAAGAAAUAAAACAAUUUAUAAAAGUAAA